AUGGAGGUGUCCGCCUCCGGCUGCUUCUGCAUCGACUCCCUGCUGUCCCUCAGGCCGCCCGCAGCGCUCCUCCCCCGGUCACAUCCUCCGGAGCUCAGCCCGGCGGGCAGCAGCGGCUGCUCGGAGCCUCCUUCCCCGCGGAGAGAGCCCGCUGCCCGGCCGGAGGCUCCGCUGCAGCCCCGCUCCGUCAGCUCCUCCUUCCUGAUCCGGGACAUCUUAGCGGACUGUCGGUCCUACCCGGCACCGCUGUGUUCUGACCCGGGUCGGGUGUGUUCUGACCCGGGUGAGCCGGAGCUGGAGGUCGAACCGGUCCAGUCCGGAGCGGAUGAAAGUCGGAGCAGCGCUUCUUCUGACAGCGAAGCCAGAGGUCUCUGUGGCGGUUCUGACCCGGUUCGGCUCAAGAAGCCUCGGAAGGCCCGGACCGCCUUCAGCGACCAGCAGCUGUCCAGACUGGAGAGAAGCUUCCAGAAGCAGAAGUACCUGAGUGUCCAGGACCGGAUGGAGCUGGCGGCUUCGCUGCAGCUCAGUGACACGCAGGUCAAGACCUGGUACCAGAACCGCAGGACUAAGUGGAAGCGUCAGUCGGCUGCUGGUUUGGAGCUCCUGGCUGAAGCCGGCAGGAUGUUUCUGCCUCCACACUACCUGUACCCUCCAGCCCCUCCCACUCUGGACCUCUACCUGUACCGAGGCCACGCCCACCACCACCACCCUACCCCAUCCCUGCUGCCCCGCGUCCUCACCCACGUCGACCCCCGCUGA